AUGUUGAUUCUACCUUCAGAUCACUUGAUAGGUAAUCUGGAUAAUUUUUACACUUCGAUCGAUAAAGCAUCUCAAAUAGCUUGCGAAACUAAUGCUAUAGUCACUUUUGGAGUAAAACCUUGUAAAUUUAAUUCUGAAUAUGGUUAUAUCGAUGCUCUUUAUGAUAGCGACAAGAAGUAUCAUAUAGUUCAACGUUUUUUAGAGAAGCCUGCAUAUGAACUAAGUAAUGACCAUUAUUGGAACUCAGGCAUUUUUGUUUUUAAAGCAAAACGCUAUAUAGAUGAAGUCAAGAAAUUUGCCCCGAACCUUUAUAAAUUAUGCUACAAUAGUGUAAAGCAUUUUACACCGCAAGAGAAAUUUCUUUAUCUUAAACAGCAAGACUUCGAGGGAAUAGAAAGCAUAUCUAUUGAUCAUUUAGUUAUGGAGAAGGUAAAGAAUAUCGCAAUGAUAGAAGCUAAUUUUGAUUGGAUGGAUAUUGGCACAUGGAAUGCAGUUUUAGAAUUGAACGAGAGAAAGAACUGUUUUUUUUCAAGAUCAACACUGCAUGAAAACAAGCAGUGCUUUUUAGGUAAAACAAGCAACAUGAAACAACUGUCUGGGGUAAUAGAGUUUCAAAAAAAGUCUAUUUUAAAUCAAAGCCUAAUGUCAUUUAUCAAUAAAGUUAAAAAUAUGGCAGUAAUUAAAAAAGAGAUUAGACCAUGGGGUUUUUUUUAUGUAAUUUUGACAGGUGAGAAUUUUCUCGUAAAACGCCUUUUUAUAAACCCGUUAAGCUGUACUUCCAAGCAAUUCCAUAAUCAUAGAGAUGAAUACCAUAUAGUAUUAUCUGGAGUAGGACACAUUACUCUAGAUGAAAAAAUUCAUACUGUAGUACAAAACCAUCUAAUAGAAAUUCCAAGGAAUGUUGCUCACAGGAUUGAGAAUAAAAAUACAGAUUCUCCACUUGAGAUAAUAGAGUUCCAAGUAGGUGACCACUUGUCUGAUAGCGAUAUAGUAAGACUAGAUGAUAUAUAUGGAAGAACAGCAUGA